UCAUUGGUUUAUAGCAGCAGGUACCCACGUGCCAUCUCCUCAUUGGUUUAUAGAAGCAGGUACCCACGUGCCAUCUCCUCAUUGGUUUAUAGAAGCAGGUACCCACGUGCCAUCUCCUCAGUGGUUUAUAGAAGCAGGUACCCACGUGCCAUCUCCUCAUUGGUUUAUAGAAGCAGGUACCCACGUGCCAUCUCCUCAUUGGUUUAUAGAAGCAGGUACCCACGUGCCAUCUCCUCAUUGGUUUAUAGAAGCAGGUACCCACGUGCCAUCUCCUCAUUGGUUUAUAGAAGCAGGUACCCACGUGCCAUCUCCUCAUUGGUUUAUAGAAGCAGGUACCCACGUGCCAUCUCCUCAUUGGUUUAUAGAAGCAGGUACCCACGUGCCAUCUCCUCAUUGGUUUAUAGCAGCAGGUACCCACGUGCCAUCUCCUCAUUGGUUUAUAGAAGCAGGUACCCACAUGCCAUCUCCUCAUUGGUUUAUAGAAGCAGGUACCCACGUGCCAUCUCCUCAUUGUUUUAUAGAAGCAGGUACCCACGUGCCAUCUCCUCAUUUAGCAAAAAAAACAUAACUUAACAUAAACAUAACUUCUUUAAACAAUAAAAGCUAAUUUACGAACAUUUCUGAAAAUGGAUAUAAAGCUUUUUGGAAUGAAACUCUUCUUAUGUUUCCCCAUCUGAGCUCAGAGUAGAUCAGAGAUGUAAUGUUUGUCUCUGUUGUGUUGAAGCCCAAUCAAGCAGGAGAGACCAGCCUCCCCUGUUCCCAGCUGUGUGUCCAUGAAGAGUGACAAGUCUAUGAAUCUUCCUAUAUCCUUUAGAGAGGGAGACUUUUCUACUGAACAAAGAAGCCAACAGGAGAGAUCAGAGUCAGAGAUUCUCAGUGGUCAGUCUUCCCAGAGUCAUCAAACAGACCUGGCCUCCAUAUUCAGUUUGCUUGAAGAGAAAAUUAUGACAUUUGUGAAGAACGAGCUGAAGAUGUUCAAGAGGAUUCUUAGUCCAGAACUCCCAGAAGGCUUUGAGAGUCAGAAGCAGGAUAAGGAAGUGGUGGAUGCUGAAGAUGAGAAGCAGGAGAGCAGUGCCAGAGAGGGGGCUCUGAAGAUCACACUGCACGUCCUGAGGAAAAUGAACCAGAAGGAGCUUGCUGACACACUGGAGAAAUAUUCAGAUGAACCUGCUGUGAUUUGCCAACGUGAACUCAAAUCUAAUCUAAAGAAGAAGUUUCAAUGUGUAUUUGAGGGGAUCGCUAAACAAGGAAACCCAACACUUCUCAAUAAGAUCUACACAGAGCUCUACAUCACAGAGGGUGGAACAGGAGAGGUCAAUAAUGAACAUGAGCUGAGACAGAUUGAGACAACAACCAGGAAACAAGCAAGACCAGAGACUGCAGUCAAAUGUAACGACAUCUUCAAACCCUUAACUGGACAAGACAAACCUAUCAGAACUGUGCUGACAAAGGGAGUCGCUGGCAUUGGAAAAACAGUCUCUGUGCAGAAGUUCAUUCUGGACUGGGCUGAAGGAAAAGCAAAUCAGGAUGUCCAAUUUGUAUUUUCAUUCCCUUUCCGGGAACUGAAUUUGAUGAAAGAGGACAAACACACUUUGAUUGAACUUCUCAAUCACUUCUCAAUGGAAACCAAACAAUCAGGAAUCUCCAACUACGACAAGUACAAAGUUCUGUUCAUCUUUGAUGGUCUGGAUGAGUGCCGACUGCCCCUAGACUUCCAGAAGAACAAGAUCUGUUGGGACGUCACAGAGUCAACCUCAGUGGAUGUUCUGCUGACAAAUCUCAUCAAGGGAAAUCUGCUUCCCUCUGCUCUCCUCUGGAUAACUACCCGACCUGCAGCAGCCAAUAAGAUCCCUUCAGGGUGUGUUGACCAGGUGACAGAGGUACGAGGGUUCAAUGACCCACAGAAGGAGGAGUACUUCAGGAAGAGAUUCAGUGAUGAGGACCUGGCCAGCAGAAUCAUCUCACACAUAAAGACAUCAAGGAGCCUCCACAUCAUGUGCCACAUUCCAGUCUUCUGUUGGAUUUCUGCAACAGUCCUUGAACACAUGCUGAAACAUAAGAUAGAAGAGAUGCCCAAGACUCUGACUGAGAUGUACACACACCUUGUGGUGUUUCAUACCAAACAGAAGAAUGAAAAGUAUCUUGGGAAAGAAGAGACAGGUCCACACUGGAAUAAAGAGAGCAUUCUGUCACUGGGAAAACUAGCUUUUCAACAGCUUAUGAAUGGCAAUCUGAUUUUCUAUGAAGAAGACCUGAAAGAGGCUGGCAUUGAUGUCAGUGAAGCCUCAGUGUACUCAGGAUUGUGCACACAGCUCUUUAAAGAGGAAUGUGGGCUGUACCAGGACAAGGUGUACUGCUUUGUUCAUCUGAGCAUUCAGGAGUUUCUGGCUGCUGUAUAUGUGUUCCUCUCAUUCAUCAACAACAAUGAGAAUGUAAUGAACAAACUGAAAACAAAAGACCAGCCUGAAGUUACUUUCUACAAGAGAGCUGUGUAUAAAGCCUUACAAAGUGAGACGGGAAACCUGGACCUUUUCCUCCGCUUCCUUCUGGGCCUCUCACUAGAGUCCAAUCAGAAGCAUUUACGAGGUCUACUGACAAAGACAAGAACCAGCUCACAGAGCCAUGAAGAAACAGUCAAGUACAUCAAGAAGAAGAUCAGGGAGAAUCCAUCUCCAGAGAGGAGCAUCAAUCUGUUCCACUGUCUGAAUGAACUGAAUGACCAUUCUCUAGUGGAGGAGAUCCAAAGAUACCUGAGAUCAGGAAGUCUCUCAGAACCCAACCUGUCACCUGCACAGUGUUCAGCUCUGGUCUUUGUGUUGCUGACUUCAGAAAAGGAGCUAGAUGUGUUUGACCUGAAGAAAUAUUCCAGAUCAGAGGAAGGUCUUCGGAGGCUGCUGCCAGUGGUCAAAGUCUCCAGAGCUGUUCUGCUGUCAGGCUGUGGAGUCACAGAGGAAGGCUGUGCUUCUCUGGUAUCAGCUCUGAGGUCAAACCCCUCACACCUGAGAGAGCUGGACCUGAGCUACAAUCACCCAGGAGACUCAGGAGUCAGACUGCUCUCUGGCUGUGGAGUCACAGAGAAAGGCUGUGCUUCUCUGGUCUCAGCUCUGAGGUCAAACCCCUCACACCUGAGAGAGCUGGACCUGAGUAACAAUGACCUGAAGGAUUCAGGAGUGAAGCUGCUCUCUGAUGGACUGGGGAAUCCCCACUGUAAACUGGAGACUCUGAGGUCAGUAGAGAAAGGCUGUGCUUCUCUGGUCUCAGCUCUGAAGUCAAACCCCUCACACCUGAGAGAGCUGGAUCUGAGUAACAAUGACCUGAAGGAUUCAGGAGUGAAGCUGCUCUCUGAUGGACUGGGGAAUCCCCACUGUAAACUGGAGACUCUGAGGCUGUCAGGCUGCCUAGUCACAGAGGAAGGCUGUGCUUCUCUGGUCUCAGCUCUGAGGUCAAACCCCUCACACCUGAGAGAGCUGGACCUGAGUAACAAUGACCUGAAGGAUUCAGGAGUGAAGCUGCUCUCUGCUGGACUGGAGAAUCCCCACUGUAAACUGGAGACUCUGAGGCUGUCAGGCUGUCUAGUCACAGAGGAAGGCUGUGCUUCUCUGGUCUCAGCUCUGAGGUCAAACCCCUCACACCUGAGAGAGCUGGACCUGAGCUACAAUCACCCAGGAGACUCAGGAGUCAGACUGCUCUCUGCUGGACUGGAGGAUCCACACUGCAGACUGGAGAAACUCAAUGUGGAACAUGGUGGAGAGAACAGAAUGAAACCUGGGCUUAGAAAAUAUGUCUGUGAUCUCACACUGGACCCAAACACAGUAAACAGACUCCUCUCUCUGUCUGAGGAGAACAGAAAGGUGACAUGGAGGAGAGAGGAGCAGCCGUAUCCUGAUCACCCAGAGAGAUUUGAGGACUGUGGACUGGUGCUGUGUAGAGAGGGUCUGACUGGGCGCUGUUACUGGGAGGUAGAGAGGAGUGGGUACAGGGCUGUUAUAGGAGUGACAUAUAAAGGAAUCAGCAGGAGAGGAAGGUUUGGUGACUGUCUGAUUGGAUACAAUGACAAGUCCUGGAGUCUGUUCUGCUCUGACAACCGUUACACUGCCAGGCACAAUAUUAAUUCCACUACCAUAGACGUCCGCCCCUCCAGCCCCCACAGAGUAGGAGUGUAUCUGGACUGGUCAGCCGGAACUCUGUCCUUCUAUAGAGCCUCCUCUGACACACUGACCCACCUGUACACAUUCACCUCCACAUUCACUGAGCCCCUCUAUCCAGGGUUUUGGGUUGAUGAUGACUCCUCAGUGUCCCUGAAAUAAUAACCUGACACACACACACACACACACACACUGGACACACACACACACACACUGGACACACUGGACACACACACACACACACACACACACACUGGACACACACACACACACACACUGGACACACACACACACUGGACAGACACACACACACUGGACACACACACACACAC